GUUGCCUUUUGAGCUCUUACUUCAUUCUUCUGUUACAAAAUGAAUGUUUCAUUACCAACAUGUGUCAAUGCUGUUAUUUCCCAUUAAUUCUCUUUCACAUACCGAACACAAUCAUUUGUAACGGGAUUAUCACCGGAAUGAUAAUUAUUCAUUAUUACUUAUUUAUUAUUGACUACACCCCUGUAGCUAUUUGUGUUUCACUUCUUAUUUAACCAAAUUUAAUAUGUGGCUCUUACAUUUAUCAGUUUUUCAGGAGUCACUUUUUUGAUCUGGACUGUUAAGCGAUUUUAUCACUUCUCAUUUUUUAGUGACUUUUCCAGCUACACAUCAAUGAUGGAGCAACAUUUGUUCAUACUCCUGUUGUUCACAGCGAUUGUGCCUCUCGUCCUUUCUGUCCCUCGUAAGUAUUAUCUGAUCCAGCAGGGGGCAACAUGGAGUGCUGCGCAGGCUUAUUGUCGAGCCACACACAUUGACCUGGCUGUCAUAACAAGUUAUAGGGAUCUGGUUCAACUUCAGAAUGAAGCACAGAGACAUCACUUCAGUACCAGUGCUUGGAUUGGACUUUACAAUUACUACUACACCUGGCUCUGGUCCUAUGGAAGUGAGCCACUGGGAAGUGUGACAUUAUGGAAUUCAGGCGAACCCAACAACUAUGGUGGAAUUGAAGCUUGUGGUGCUGUAACUCCAACAGGAUGGAAUGAUUUGCCAUGUGAUUACGCAUACCCAUAUAUAUGCUUUGAUGGCAAUAAAACAGGAAAUAGUAGAUAUAUUUACAUCUCUAAUCCAUUAACAUGGGCUGCAGCUCAGGCAUUCUGCAGACUGCAUUAUACAGAUCUGGUCAUUAUUACAAGUGCAACAGAAAUCUCAGUUAUAGGGGGAAUGGUCUCUGGGGAUACUUGGGUUGGUCUGUACAGAGAUACCUGGAGGUGGACAGAUCACACCAUCUUCUCUACCACCAGCUGGUUGGCUACACAACCUGAUCAAUACCAGUGGAAACAAGGCUGUGGUUUUAUAAGUAAUGGUCAGGCUGCUGACACACAGUGUUCAAACAUAAGGCCUUUCUUCUGUUACACAUUUAUCACAGGGAAACAACAAAUAGUAAGGAUGAAGAUACGAUCGUAUCAGGACGUUAAUGAUCCUUCAGUAAAGGCGGCCAUCUUGGAGCAGAUAAAGCAGAAAAUGAACAACAAUGGAAUGGGAGAGAACAUCACAGUGAAAUGGAGAGAGGAAUCAGAUGGUAAAGUGUUUAACCUGGUGAAAGAAGAGCUCUAAAUCUUGUAUCUGAAUCUCAUAUUUUGGUGCACUAACUAUUUCAGGUUGUAUAAUAUGGUUGCUCUAGGAAAUUUAUGGGGUUUAUUGAGUAGACUAUGUUUCAUUUGUUUAUUAUUUUCUUUAGACUGAAUGUACUCAAUCAACAGACCUGUUUCUUGUAAAAAUACUUUAUAUACUCACUUUUAAUGACAAAUAACUUAAACUCGACACGUCUUUCUUUGUUAUAACAAUUAAAAUAAUUAUUCUGUUCCUGUGGAAUCUGCAGAUUAUGUCAUGUAUCGUUUGCAGUGAAUACUUUCUCCUGACUUACGUGCUUUCAUUUGAGUUACAUCUUCAGGUGUUCCACUGUUUCUCACUAGGCUCUGAAGCUCUGAUGUCUGUUUAGCUGUUUUGAAACAAACUAUCUGUA